AAACAACAACUGCAGUUACUGAAGGAACGGUUCCAGGCCUUCCUCAAUGGAGAAACUCAAAUUGUAGCCGAUGAAGCAUUUUGCAAUGCAGUUCGGAGUUACUACGAGGUGUUUCUGAAGAGUGACCGAGUGGCCAGAAUGGUUCAGAGUGGAGGAUGUUCUGCUAAUGACUUCAGAGAGGUGUUUAAGAAAAACAUUGAAAAACGUGUACGGAGUUUGCCAGAAAUAGAUGGUUUGAGCAAAGAGACGGUGCUGAGCUCAUGGAUAGCCAAAUACGAUGCCAUUUACAGGGGCGAAGAGGACUUGUGCAAACAGCCAAACAGAAUGGCCCUAAGUGCUGUGUCUGAACUUAUUCUGAGCAAGGAGCAGCUGUAUGAAAUGUUUCAGCAGAUUCUAGGUAUUAAAAAACUAGAACACCAGCUUCUUUACAAUGCAUGCCAGCUGGAUAAUGCAGAUGAGCAAGCAGCCCAGAUCAGAAGGGAACUUGAUGGUCGGCUACAAUUGGCAGAGAAAAUGGCAAAGGAAAGAAAAUUUCCCAAAUUUAUAGCAAAAGAUAUGGAGAAUAUGUACAUAGAAGAGUUGCGGUCCUCAGUGAAUUUGCUAAUGGCCAAUUUGGAAAGUCUUCCAGUUUCAAAAGGUGGUCCAGAAUUUAAAUUACAGAAAUUAAAACGUUCACAGAAUUCUGCAUUUUUGGACAUUGGAGAUGAGAAUGAGAUUCAGCUGUCAAAGUCCGACGUGGUGCUGUCAUUCACCUUAGAGAUUGUCAUAAUGGAAGUGCAAGGUUUGAAGUCAGUCGCUCCCAAUCGAAUUGUUUACUGUACAAUGGAGGUGGAAGGAGGAGAAAAACUACAGACAGACCAGGCAGAAGCCUCCAGGCCACAAUGGGGAACUCAAGGAGAUUUCACCACUACCCAUCCUCGGCCUGUGGUCAAAGUAAAACUCUUCACAGAAAGCACAGGGGUCUUGGCUCUUGAAGAUAAAGAACUGGGAAGGGUUAUAUUAUACCCAACUUCUAAUAGCCCGAAGUCAGCUGAAUUACACCGAAUGAUAGUCCCCAAAAAUAGCCAGGACUCUGACUUAAAAAUCAAACUGGCAGUGCGAAUGGAUAAACCACCACAUAUGAAGCAUUGUGGAUAUCUGUAUGCUCUUGGACAGAAGGUUUGGAAAAGAUGGAAGAAACGUUACUUUGUUCUGGUUCAGGUUAGCCAGUACACCUUUGCUAUGUGCAGUUAUAGAGAAAAAAAAUCUGAACCGCAGGAACUGAUGCAGCUUGAAGGAUAUACUGUGGAUUAUACAGAUCCCCACCCAGGCCUUCAGGGUGGUCAUAUGUUUUUUAAUGCUGUUAAAGAAGGAGAUACGGUAAUAUUUGCCAGUGAUGAUGAACAGGAUAGGAUACUGUGGGUUCAAGCCAUGUAUAGAGCCACAGGUCAAUCUUAUAAACCAGUUCCUGCAAUUCAGACCCAGAAGAUAAAUCCCAAAGGAGGAACUCUCCAUACAGAUGCUCAGCUCUCUGGAAAGGAUGCAGACCGUUUUCAGAAGCAUGGUAUGGAUGAGUUUAUUUCUGCUAAUCCUUGCAAGCUUGACCAUGCCUUCCUUUUUAAAAUACUCCAAAGGCAGACUUUGGAUCACAGACUGAAUGAUUCCUAUUCUUGCUUGGGUUGGUUUAGCCCUGGCCAGGUCUUUGUGUUAGAUGAGUACUGUGCCCGUUACGGUGUGAGAGGCUGUCACAGACAUCUCUGCUACCUUACAGAACUGAUGGAACAUUCAGAAAAUGGUGCUGUCAUUGACCCAACCUUGCUCCAUUACAGCUUUGCAUUCUGUGCUUCUCAUGUGCACGGCAACAGGCCUGAUGGAAUUGGAACUGUUUCAAUGGAAGAAAAAGAGAGAUUUGAGGAGACAAAAGAAAGACUCUCUUCCCUUUUAGAAAAUCAGAUAAGCCAUUUCAGAUACUGUUUUCCCUUUGGACGACCUGAAGGUGCUCUAAAAGCUACACUUUCAUUACUUGAGAGGGUUUUAAUGAAAGAUAUUGCCACUCCCAUACCAGCAGAAGAGGUGAAGAAAGUGGUCAGAAAAUGUCUCGAGAAAGCUGCCUUGAUCAAUUACACUAGGCUCACAGAAUAUGCCAAAAUAGAAGGCCCAGCAGAAAAGGAAACAGAGACCAUGAACCAGGCAACUCCUGCUAGAAAGCUGGAAGAGGUUCUUCAUCUGGCAGAGCUCUGCAUAGAAGUCUUGCAGCAGAAUGAAGAGCAUCACGCAGAGGGAAGAGAGGCCUUUGCCUGGUGGCCUGAUUUACUGGCUGAGCAUGCAGAGAAAUUUUGGGCUUUAUUUACAGUGGAUAUGGACACUGCGUUGGAGGCUCAGCCACAAGACUCCUGGGAUAGUUUUCCUCUUUUCCAGCUGCUUAAUAAUUUCCUCCGAAAUGACACACUUCUAUGUAAUGGAAAAUUUCACAAACACUUGCAAGAAAUCUUUGUACCUUUGGUUGUCCGCUAUGUCGACCUCAUGGAGUCCUCCAUCGCCCAGUCAAUUCACAGAGGUUUUGAGCAAGAGACAUGGCAGCCUGUCAAGAAUAUCGCCAACAGUCUUCCCAAUGUAGCUCUUCCAAAAGUUGCAAGUCUGCCUCUUAAUCUUCCACAGAUUCCUAGUUUUUCUACUCCUUCGUGGAUGGCUUCUUUAUAUGAGUCCACCAAUGGCUCAGCAACCUCAGAAGACCUGUUCUGGAAACUUGACGCACUGCAGAUGUUUGUCUGUGAUCUCCACUGGCCAGAACAAGAAUUUGCCCAUCAUUUAGAGCAAAGGCUUAAACUGAUGGCCAGUGAUAUGAUAGAGGCCUGUGUCAAAAGAACAAGAACUGCAUUUGAAGUCAAGCUGCAAAAGGCAAGCAAAACCACUGACUUGCGCAUACCAGCUUCCGUGUGUACCAUGUUUAAUGUAUUGGUCGAUGCCAAAAAGCAAAGCACCAAACUCUGUGCCCUGGAUGGAGGACAAGAGUUUGGUAGUCAAUGGCAACAGUACCACUCAAAAAUAGACGAUUUGAUUGACAACUCUGUAAAAGAAAUCAUUGCUCUGCUGGUUUCAAAGUUCGUUUCAGUGUUGGAAGGGGUGUUAUCUAAGCUAUCAAGAUAUGAUGAAGGUACUUUCUUCUCUUCCAUUCUGUCAUUCACUGUGAAAGCAGCAGCAAAAUAUGUUGAUGUUCCAAAACCAGGAAUGGAUCUGGCAGACACCUAUAUUAUGUUCGUUCGGCAAAAUCAGGAUAUUCUUCGAGAAAAGGUCAAUGAGGAGAUGUAUAUAGAGAAGUUGUUUGAUCAAUGGUAUAGCAGUUCCAUGAAAGUCAUUUGUGUGUGGUUGGCUGAUAGACUAGACCUCCAGCUUCAUAUUUACCAAUUGAAGACACUCAUCAAGAUCGUGAAGAAAAGCUAUAGGGACUUUCGGUUGCAGGGUGUGUUGGAAGGAACACUGAACAGUAAGACAUACGAUACUCUUCACAGACGUCUAACAGUAGAGGAGGCCACAGCCUCUGUUUCAGAAGGAGGAGGACUUCAGGGUAUUACCAUGAAAGACAGUGAUGAAGAAGAAGAAGGCUGAUGACACACAGCUGUGAAGAAGGAAGGAGGACCUUGACAUUGUUUUUUGUACAUUGUCUUUGUAAUUACAUUUAUUAUUUUGAUCAAAUGAAAAUGCUU